AUGCAGAAACUUAUAGUAUUUGCUGGAAUGGUCCUUCUUGCCGGCUUUUUUAUACUGUUACUUCUCAUCUUCCGUUUUCGCACAACCAUGCCAGAGUUUGGAAUCAACUCAGCUUCCAUUAACUCACUCAACAUUAAAAAAUCAAGAAUCAUCGCUGAAUGGAAUAUUACCCUCUUCGUUACAAACCACGACGGUUAUCAUAGUAUAUCUUAUGAUGAAAUUUCUUUUAACAUUAAUUACAACAACGAGCAACAUCAAAGUCUUCUCUCCACCAUUCCUUUAAAACCUUUUUCUCAAAGUAGCGGUUUCACAAAUACUAUCAUAAUUCAACACAACAUGGAUGUCAACAAUGAUGUAGCUACAGACAUUGUUAGUAGCUCCUCUCGUGGAAUUGUUAACUUUGAGGUUGGGUUGUCUGCUACUAUCAAGUUUAAAGAUGCGUUCAAUUUUCAAAAAGUUCGUAUUAUGAAGAUUGUUUGUGAGCCUCUUAGCUUUUCAUCGCGUGAAGAUUAUUUAGAAAAAUCGUCUAAUUGGAUUUUAUUGUAUGGUGUAGCAUGCCACUAG